CAUCCUGGUGAGAUGGUUGGAGCCCUUGCUGCUCAGUCCUUGGGAGAACCUGCAACUCAGAUGACCCUCAACACUUUUCACUACGCUGGUGUGUCUGCCAAGAACGUCACUCUUGGUGUGCCACGUCUGAAAGAGAUUAUUAACAUCUCCAAGAAGCCUAAGACCCCAUCUCUCACAGUUUACCUUUUGGGACAGGCAGCUCGUGAUGCAGAGAGAUGCAAGGAUGUCUUGUGCCGCCUGGAGCACACAACACUGCGUAGGGUCACAGCAAAUACUGCCAUUUAUUAUGAUCCAGACCCCAUGAAUACUGUCGUUGCUGAAGAUCAGGAAUGGGUAAGUUUGGGUAAAGAAUGGGUAAAAAAAAUGAGGCUUUGUCUUAUUGUCAUCAGCAUAACCAAAAAUGUAGAGCUCUGAUGUCCAUCAACACAUACUUCCACUCAAACUAAUCCAUGGCUUUAUGACUCCUUGCACUAAUCCUCUCAUCUGAUGUAAAAAGCACUCCAUGUUAUCUAUCCAUCUCAGUCUCAGGCCUGAUUGUCAUAUUAAAGUGCAUUUAUAGCUUAAAUAUUACAAUGAAUUCCUUACUGUCUCAUAAUUUAUUUAAACGUCUACAGGUCAGUCUCUAUUAUGAGAUGCCAGAUUUUGAUGCCUCCAGAAUUUCCCCUUGGCUCUUCCGUAUUGAACUGGACCAUAAAUGCAUGACUGACAAAAAACUAACUAUGGAAGCCAUCUCUGAGAAAAUUCAGUCAGAAUUCGGUGAUGAUCUGAACUGUAUCUUUAAUAAUGACAAUGCUGAGAAGCUUGUGCUCAGAAUACGAAUUAUGAACUCUGAUGAAAAUAAAUAUCAGGAUGUAAGUAAUUUUUAUUCAGGAAAAACAUAGAACUAAAUUAAAUUAGGCAUUACUGGUAUGUUCAUUAUUACCGGUACUCAAAAAUAAUAACAUAGCAGGUUUUUUGUCACAAAGUUAAAUAACCUUAUAGCAUAUUUAGUCAUUUUUUUUUAAAUUGUGAAAUGUAUACCAAUGCAAGUUUUUUAAUGACUUUUAAUAUGACAAAGUCCUUUCGUGUUACCCGGUAUUAAUUUACUUUUCAGGAAGAGAAAGUGGUAGAUAAGAUGGAAGGCGAUGUUUUUCUUCGUUGCAUUGAAACCAAUCUCUUGUCUGACCUGUCUUUGCAGGGUAUUGAAGCCAUAGCAAAAGUGAGUUGAAGUUCAAGUGUAACAUGUUUCCUAAGUAAUAAAUUAUAAACAUGUCUAUUACUAUUAUGGCAAAUUACUUCACUUUUAACCUCUUUUAAAAAUUCUUGUAAAAUGAGAAGUAAACAAUACUGUGGGUCUUACAUUAUACAGGUGUGUCUUACUUUAUACAGGUGUGUCUUACAUUAUACAGGUGUAUAUGCAUUUGGCUAACACUGAUGACAAAAAGAGAGUCCACAUUACUGAGGAGGGAGAGUUUAAAGCUGUCAGUGAGUGGAUCCUUGAAACUGAUGGGUCCAGCCUGACUAAAGUUCUCAGUAAAAGAGACGUUGACCCUGUUAGAACCUAUACUAAUGACAUCAUUGAAGUGUUUGAUGUGAGUUUUAAAAGUAUAUUAGCCAAGUGAAAUAUAAAACAUAGUUUUAAUUCAAACUUUGUUAUAGACCCUGUGAAGUUAACAGCAUAGUUUUCAUUCAAAUUUUGUUUGAUUCUUAUAGACCCAUGAAAAAUGUUGAAGGUUGUUAUUCAAAUUUUUUUUCCUACCUUUAGACCCUGGGAAUUGAAGCUGUCCGCAAGGCCAUAGAAAAAGAAAUGAAUCAUGUCAUCUCUUUUGAUGGCUCUUAUGUCAACUAUCGUCACUUGGCUUUACUUUGUGAUAUUAUGACUUCUAAGGGUCACUUGAUGGCUAUUACUCGUCAUGGUAUCAAUAGGCAGGAAACUGGUGCUCUUGCAAGAUGUUCUUUUGAAGAAACUGUAAGUACCUUGAUAAUAAUUUCACAUUGUCAUGCUUUAUAUGUGCUGUUACUUUAAUGAGAAAAUGAUGCUCCCUAAUGCUUUAUAUGUGCUGUUACUUUAAUGAGAAAAUGAUGCUCCCUAAUGCUUUAUAUGUGCUGUUACUUUAAUGAGAAAAUGAUUAUGAGUUAGUUGUUUGUUCAAGAAGCUGAGAUAUUCUUUUUGAAAAAACUGUAAGUACCUUGAGAAUAAUUUUACAACUUAGCAUUUUAAAUAAAUGGAUAACUAUUUUGAAGGAAACAGUAGUGAAUUUUUCAGAAUGUGUUCUUACUAUGCCAUACGGUAUAUAAAUUCAGCACAUAAGAUUAUAAUAAUCUAUGAAAAAAUGACAAUAGCAAUUGACAUGCUUUUGAAAAAACUGUAAGUACCUUGAGAAUAAUUUUACAACUUAGCAUUUUAAAUAAAUGGAUAACUAUUUUGAAGGAAAUAGUAGUGAAUUUUUCAGAAUGUGUUCUUACUAUGCCAUAUGGUAUAUAAAUUCAGCACAUAAGAUUAUAAUAAUCUAUGAAAAAAUGACAAUAGCAAUUGGCAUGCUCAGGGAUCUUACACAUUAACAAGUCAGUAAAUUUCUAAGAAGCACUUUGUUGCUAUAAUUUAGAAAUAGCAGAGGUGCCGUUAAUGGUAGUGUUCUAUGAUUUUUAUAUAGUGUGGCGUUCAGAUGGGGCACCCAACACAAUGUUGUCAGGAUGGACUUUCAUUUUUUUUGCACCAAUAAAAACUUACUUUGUUCAUGAUAACCGCAGUGCAAAAUCAUGAUAUAUUUUUUUUUGUGUAUAGCUCAUAUAAGGAAAAACAGAAACAUGGAUCUCCGGAUCUAGCCAUUUCAGGCUACACGAUCUCAGGAACAAAUUUAUCAGAAAACAUUUCAUAAGUCCUUCAUAAUUACCGACAUCUCACCACUUAUGACACUCUACAUCCUAUUAAUACAAUUAUUGCUUGCUGGUUUCAGUGUCUCACUUGCUCACAGAUUUCUUCAACUUAUCAUUGCAUUUUUAUUCAGGUUGAUAUCCUUAUGGAAGCCGCCUCCCAUGCUGAGGUGGACCCCAUGAAAGGGGUGUCUGAGAAUAUCAUGUUAGGUCAACUUGCCAAGAUUGGUACUGGAUGCUUUGAACUACUCUUGGAUGCCGAGAAGUGCAAGUAUGGUACCGGUAUGAAGAGUCCAACAAAUCUGGGAGCCGGACACACUGCUGGUGAGUUAGUCAAUUACACCUUGAACAGUGAAUAUUUCUAAGCCUUUUUUGCCCUUUUUUUGGAAACCUUGUUGCACAGGUUAAAAAUAAAUCUUAGUUUUCAUUUAUAAGCAGAACUACUCAGAGAGAUCCUAUCAUUCUGUUGGUUGGUUUUAUUUGGGUUUCUUUCAUUUUUCAGGACCUCUAAAAUAAAGUACAAAAAGUAAAGCNCUAAAUGCGGCCUGGGGGGGGGGGGUUCUCCUGAUGCGUCCAAAUGCGUCCCGGCGCAUAGCGACACACCUCUCUUAUUUUUAGUUAAAAAUAGCAAUGAAAUCUCGCACCCCUCGAGACUUCCGGCUAUGGCGUGAUUUCUGCAUGAUUUUAAUUUAGAAACCGGAAGUUUUUAUCUUGUUUCACUUUAAAACUACGUGUGCUUUAGUACGGCGCGUCUAUAUGUAGCAUGUGUUCGUCCGAGGUGCCGAAAAUCGAUUUUUUUGGCCAUUGUUCGUUAUUUUUCUUCCGCUGAUGUUAUAUUUAUAUUAAACCUUAUUCAUUUUUUGUUGCAUUUGUUCUUAAUUCAUUAACAUUAAAUAAUAUUUAGCAACUUAAAAAAAUAUUUUUAAAAUAUAAAUCAAUUUCAAUUCUGAGUUGCUUCCCUUUUCUCAGGAAAAUAAAUUAAGUCCGGAAGCAGCGCUGCCGGAGGGAAUGAGUUAAUUGUAAUGUAUCCCUGAUUUAGAUUAUAAAACUUUUCAAUGCAAUUAUUCUUAGUGGUGAGCUUUUCCAAAAUACUUUCAGAUGGUCCAGGUACUGGGAAGUUCAUUGGUGCAGCAAGAUCUGCAGCAAGCUCAAUGUCACCAAGUAUGACUCCAUGGGGUCAAGUUGGAACACCAGGAUAUGCUAGUGCAUGGUCCCCAGGUGUUGGCAGUGGAAUGACUCCAGGUGGGGCAGGCUUCUCUCCAUCAGCUGCAAGUGGGUUUUCCCCGGGCUACUCAUUAGCUUGGUCCCGACAGCCUAGGUCUCCUGGGUCACCAUACUCUCCUUAUAUACCUUCACCUCAUGGUGCAUCUUCCCCAAGCUAUUCACCCUAUUCACCAGCUUACAUGCCCAGCUCUCCUGCCAUUGCAACACCUCAAAGCCAAAGCUACUCGCCAACAUCACCAUCCUACUCUCCUUCAAGCCCUGGCUACUGCCCCACAAGUCCGAAGUACUCCCCAACUUCACCAUCCUAUUCCCCUACAAGCCCAUCUUAUUCACCAUCACCAUCCUACUCUCCUUCAAGCCCUGGCUACUCCCCUACAAGUCCAAAGUACUCCAAAACUUCACCAUCCUAUUCCCCUACAAGCCCAUCUUAUUCACCAACAUCACCAUCCUACUCCCCAACAUCACCAAACUACUCUCCAGCAUCACCAUCAUACUCUCCAACAUCACCAUCAUACUCUCCAGCAUCACCAUCAUACUCUCCAGCAUCACCAUCAUACUCUCCAUCAUCACCAUCAUACUCUCCAUCAUCACCAUCAUACUCUCCAUCAUCACCAUAACACUCUCCAACAUCACCACCAUACUCUUCAACAUCACCAUCAUACUCUCCAACAUCACCAUAAUACUCUCCAACACACCAUAACACUCUCCAACAUCACCAUUAUACUCUCCAACAUCACGAUAAUACUCUCCAACAUCACCAUCAUACUUUGUUUCAAGCUCUGGUGACUCCAAUUUGAGCUCUCCCCAACAUCACCACCAUAUGUUCCAAUAUGCCCAUUUUAAACCGAUACAUCAUCCUCAUUAAAAUCACCAUCAUACUGUCCAACAUCACCAUCAUACUGUCCAACAUCACAAUCAUACUGUCCAACAUCACAAUCAUACUCUCCAACAUAAUGAAAUAGUAGAACAAGGUAUGUUGAAGCUUGAAUCAAUAGACAGUGACAAUAAGAUUUGAACGUUUCGGCCUAUAGCCUUCUUCAGCAACAGGACAAAUGAAAAUACAAGAAACAGCACAGUAAUAAAAAACUUUAUAGAUAUCCUUAGUCCAUCAAUUAUUAUCUUUUAUUCUCCAACAUGAGCAUCCUGCUCCCCAACAUCACCAUUGUACUCACCAACAUGACCAUCCUACUCUCCAACAUCACCAUCCUACUCUCCAAUAUCACCAUCCUACUUUCCAAUAUCACCAUCUCUCCAAUACCACCAUCCUACUCUCCAGUAUAACCAUCCUACUCUCCAACAUCACCAUCCUACUCUCCAGUAUCACCAUCUUACUCUCCAGUAUCACCAUCCUACUCUCCAGUAUCACCAUCCUACUCUCCAGUAUCACCAUCCUACUCUCCAGUAUCACCAUCCUACUUUCCAAUAUCUCCAUCCUACUCUCCAGUAUCACCAUCCUAGUAUCUUUCAAACUCUGGCUAGUCCCCAACAGGUAGCUCUCCCUGACGUCACCACCAUAUGUUCAAGCAUACUCAUCUUACACCACAACAUCCACAUCUUACUCACUAUCAAUCAUUACAAUCAUCCUCAUCAAAAUCACCAUCAUUAUCUCCAACAUGACUAUCAUACUCAUCAGCUUCUCCCAUCUACCAUCCCAUUUGACCAACCAGUCUGCCCGUCUUAUUACCCAACUACCGGUAGCCCAUUUUACAUACACCACAACCAGUCUUUUCUAUUCCCCUACGCCUACAUCUUUACUUUCAAACUUUUCCGUCGUACUACCCUAGCUCCCCUUUUAAGUCACCUUUUUCAGCCCAGUUGCCAGUUAUUUAAGAGUGACAUGUAAAAUUUCAAAGGAGACAGAUCAUUGAAAGGUACUGGGAUCAGCCAGAGCCAUGCAACAUCACCACAACCCACAAAAAAAGUGUAAAUGUUUGAAAUCGACUUGCGGAAUUCAGCUUUUGGUUAGUUGGUAAUUUUGGGUACUUGAG